AUGUCCGCCCCCUCGCCGUCGCACCCGAGCGACCUUCAGCAGCAGAAGACCACCAGCGGGAUCGUAACCGAUCCAACGACUUUGGAGCGAGUCCUGACGGACAGUGUCCGUAAGGAGGUCAAGAUCCGCGCUGGCUAUGUGCCGCAGGAAGACAUGCAGGGCUUCCGCGGUCGUCGAGUGAGGGAGCGCGCUGCGGCAGCUGGCGUUGUGCCCGGUUCAACUCCUGGCGGCAGGAGCCUGGAGCAGAUGACGGCCGCUGCUGCUACUCCUCCCAUCACCUCUCCUUCUCCGCCCUCCACCUCAGCUCCUACUGCCUCCCCUCCGGCUGGUCCGGCAGGUGCCGCGGAGGGAAGCAGGAGCGGCACAACGUCCCCGCGCCGAGUUCCCACUCCGAGACGAUCACCCCAGCGAACCCCGUCCCCCAGCAAGCGCAGCAGUCCCUCCAAGUCUUCCAACGACUGGUUUGGCAAAUCCCGACACACGCAUUGGGACUCGGAGUCCGAGGACGACGAGGAGACGAUGCGCGCCUUCGAGGCGCUCAAGAUCACUGGCGUCUCCCGUUCCCCGUCUCGAUCUCCGUCACGGUCUCCCGAACGAUCGUCAGAACCGUCCGGUAUGCGUUCCGCCGGUGCAUGGGACAGGGCGCCUCCGCCACCGGCUCGCGGGCGCGGGGGACCGCCGCGAGGUAUGUGGGACCGGGGUGGGUUCCGCGGCCACGGCGGACGGGAAGACUUUGGGCAUGGAGGAAGGGGAGGCUUUGACAGCCCUCGAGGAGGCUUCGCUGGCCGAGGACGAGGAUAUCCGUACGGCGGCAUCCGGCAGACGACGCCGUCAAGAGCAGACGGGGAGUGGAAGCACGACAUGGCUCCCGUCUCGCCGCCUAGGAGGCGGGAGCGUGGCCGAGGAAGGGGCAGGGGUGGAUUCCCCUCUGACCGGCGCGAGUCGCACUCCACGCCCUCUCAACCUGCGCAGUCCCCCCAGUCGCCCACAGCUUCGAAGGACAAGGACGACGGCAAGAGCGAGAAGGGCGACAAGGAAGAGCUAAAGGAGGGAGAGGGCAAGCGCCGCGCUCGACGGAGGGGCAGCAGGGGAAGUCGAGGAAGUAGGAACUCCUCGCAGCACAGCGUACCCGGUCUUGCUGCACUCUCCACCCCGUCUAGCGCCGGCACGCCGUCCAAGCCGACCCCCACUACGCCAAAGUCGGCUCCUCACCCGCCUCUCCCCUCUCAGCCGCCUCUUCCCACCCAGAACCAGACUCCUUCCAAACCGACCUCGACGCCGGCCAAGCCGGCCGUUGCCCCCGCCACGCCAGCCAACGGUCAAGCGAAUGGAGCGAACGGACAAGUCAACGGAAGCACGCCCGAGAGACCGCGGAGAAUCAGACCCGGCGGUGCUCUGGCUGACGUGAGGAGCAUCCUCAUGGCGAAUGCGGCGACGCCGCCUCGGACUGGUCCCGGAGCGAACACUGCUGCGAAGAAAUAG